CUCCGAGACCGAGAGUCGCCCGUAGAAAUUGACGCGACCCGAUCAGCUCUGACAGAGGCUUUACCAGAGGACGGGCACUCCCUUAACCUGCGACGGCAGCAAUGACGAAAUGCCUGCGCGUGUUCAAGAAGCAACGCUCUUGAUGACACGUUUCUUUCGGAUAUGAAUUUCCCGUUAAAAUUGUUCUCGCUAUGAGCUUGAAGAGGAAACGUGUCCGUUGAAGUGUUCCAUGCAGUCGAUUUUUUAGUCAGGGAACCAAAAAAAAAAAAAUCCCCCCGCGUGAAGCACUAGAAUACCCAAAAAGAAUUCUGUGAGUCCAAACAUAAGUGACAGAACAUCUUGCGUUCAAGCCAUGAAGAUGCUGCGUGUUAUCGUCCUGUGCGCCGUUGUGUGCUAUAUUGCUGUGCCGUGCGCGUGUGCGGUCACUGAAACCUCAUCUCCAGGGUUCAUAGACAAACUGAAGGCAUUCGUGAGCAGUCUGUUGAACAAUCAAGACAGUGGUAUGACUCAGCGGCUACUACAGGCGGACCUCUCGCCUGCCUGCACGGUUGGCCUCUUGAAGUUGAUGCGCAGCAUCCGGAACUUAGACCCCUGGGUUAUAAGGAUGUUCGACGCCUCCGGCAAGUACCCGACAGGCCUCUUCCAGGGAACCUUGUCAGACCUUGGGGCGUUCGACCAGUGCGUCGAGACUCUCGUACACGACCAAUUUGGCAACGAGAAGGUUCGGGGCCAAUACUGCAACCUCUACAUUCCCAUGAACAACGACACGCGCCCUGUGGAGUACGUGGCAUCGGCUCUGCGCAUGUCGCAUCCUCGGACAGUUGAGUUCACUAUCGGCAACACAGGUUUAUCAGUGAUUCAAGGCGCCCGUCUAGGCAUCUGCUUCAUCAGUGACUGCAAUGAACAAGACACUGAAAGCGUCAUCAAUGCGAUGCUCGGAGGUUUGGUGGACGUAAAGGUCAGAGACUGCGUUACCAACGAGCCAAAGCCCUGGACAACCACGCAGAUAUUUAUUGUGGCUUUCUUGGGCGCUAUCGCCGCUGUGAUCGCAGCUAGUAGCGCCUAUGAUUACUACAUAAAAAAUCAGCAAAUCAAGAAAGGACCUUUACAGAGAGCACUAUGCGCUUUUUCGUUGGAAGCCAAUAUACAACUACUGUUGAACACAGAAAAUGGAAAAGAAUCGGAAGCCAGCACCUACAGAUUUCUUCACGGCAUACGGAUCUUGGCCAUAUACUCAAUUGUUUUUGGCCAUUCGUACUGUUUCUUCGACCCCUUAGCUAUGGCUCGAACAAUCAACGUUCUCCGUUUUGCUGACACGCUGGGAUUCAGUUUCAUCAUAGCCGGUUACGUGGGUGUGGACGUGUUCUUCUUCAUCAGCGCAUUCCUAAUGGUGUACAACAUUGACAAAUUAUCGAGAACGCACCUAAACCGAUUCUGUAUCUGGCUGGUAGCAAUUAUCCGGCGACAUUUAAGAACUACAACCCCGGUGUUCUUCGUCAUCAUGUGCUGCUUCCUUAUGCCUGUUAUCGCAUCCGGUCCUAACCUGAAGCCAUUGAUGGAGAAAAUUGACACCGAGUUCUCCAAUGAGUGGUGGCGAAUUUUGCUGCAGGUUCGAAAUGUCGGUGACCGUACAAAACAGGGAUUUCUAGGGUUGUUGUGGUUUAUAUCAGUAGACUUCCAACUGUUCAUGGUCGCAAUGCCGACGGUUUUGAUACUUCAACGAUGCUACUGGGGAAAAAUCACUGCCUUUGGAAUAAUGGGGGCCGUGUGUUCGGUCGUAGUUGCAUGGCAGCUGCAUGGCACCGAAUAUCCCCCCUUCAUGAUGCCCGUCAUCAGCGACCUCAGCGUAGCGAACAGUUUCUACUAUGACGUAUAUGUAUGGCCUUUCCACCACGGAAUGACCUACUUCACCGGCUGCAUAGUUUGCUUACUGGUACAGAGAUACCGGGAAGUGAAAAUUUCAAAGAUGAAACAGUUCUCCAUGUGGUGUCUGUGCGCAACUUGUGGGCUCACGUGUCUGUUUAUCAAGUAUGACUGGUGCCGCGGCCGCAACCCAACAGAGGAAUGGGUUACCCUCCUGGUGUCUUUCGCGAACAGCCUCUGUUGCUCCGUGUUCUUGGGCUGGUUGGUAUUCGCCUGCGCUGCGGGCAAAGGAGGUCUGGUAUCGAGAUUUCUGUCCUGGAAGGCGCUUGUCCCUUUGAGUCGUCUCUCGUUCGGCAUCUACUGCAUCCACGUGCCCCUCUACUACUUCAUCUUCGCCCUGGCCCGUGAGAGGACGUUCAUCUCUCACUUUACAAUGGUGCUACUGUCACUUGGGGUCUUCAUGCUAAGCUCCAUGCUUAGCUUCAUCGUGUUCGUGGCCUGUGAAGCUCCGGUGGGUCGACUGGAAAAACAGCUCCUGAUGCCCUCUAGCCUGCAAAAUAAGGAUCCCAAAGAAUUUAAAACAGCGCCAAUGAACGGCACAGCACGCAACGGCGCUACAGUCGGAAAAGUUUCUAGGUUGAUGGGCGCUAGCCGAAAGGGCCUGGAAGCGGUUAUAUCUAUUGUUGACAACAGCCGCUUGUGAAACAUCUCACUUUUUCGUUGUUGUUGGGGCUACGUUCCUCAUUUCGCGCAUUAUUUACGUAGCCUAAUAUCUACGCAUUCCACUUUUUAGAAAAAAAGAAUUGUGCGGUAGUGUCUACGUAGGAAUCAAUAUUCUGAUUUUACUUUGGCAAAGCCUUCUCGAAAACACUAAGUCCUAUGAAAAUUCUAAUGCGCAGGAGUAACGGUUGUGAAAGGUUAGGUCCGGUAGCAGAUUGGUUCUCUAAAAGUUUUGCUUUCCCCUACUCGAUAAGGCUUUCUUGUCGCCGUUACACACUGUAAACAAACACCGCUGUGCUACGUUAAUAAAUGAAUCUAGAGAUAUGACAUACUGUUUAUUUCGCUCCAUGUUAUUGUACAACAUUGUCACAGUAUCACGUAUCUUGAAGUGAAAUUUUGUCAUCCAUCAGAAAAAUUCCGUACAUGUUGUGUUUUUACACAUAACUGAAAUUCUAUUCUACUGACUGUUGCAAUGUUGCAAUGUUCAAGGCCAAUCACGUUGCAAAUAUUACGCAUUUGGUAGAAAUCAUUUCUCUCGAAAGAGUCCAAAAAGAGACGUCCUGAAAUAUGCUACUGAAGUAAUCCUUUUUUCUCUAAAGCAGGUAUAUUUUCAGUGCGCAUAAAGUUAGCUAGGAAAAAAAUUGUAUAUCAUCGCACAGUUUUGUCCGUUUGCAUUGCCCGCUGUUUGAUUUGGUUUAAAAUUUGCAACAUAUCCUCUAACGUGACCAAAUAUAUUCCAAUAUGCUUUAGGUAGAAUCAUUCCAUUGUUGGCAUGUUGCUAUAUUCCCUGUCGGUCUAGAAUUGGCAGUGCACGGCUAGAAAAAGUUCAGCUGUUUUUUAUGAAAUUGUCUGGUUAAAAUGUAUGAAAGACACCUGUCCAAUCGUGUUAACUCAUUGUGUUCGCAUAGUGCAUGCAUGUUGGCGCCUAAUUAAAAGCGGCUGCGCUUGCAGGUUUAAUGAGGAUAAUUAGUUGCUAAAAAAUGAUGCGAGAAGCAUAUUGCAAAAAGCAUGUUGCAAAAGUUAAAUUUUGUUAUUCCCAAUAGAAUGUCUGGCACUGGAAUGGAUAGCAUGAUA